CAACAUUCGAAAAUUACUUCGAAUUGAAAAACCCUCUAUAGUGUCCUCUAAAACUGCGCGCAGCGACCUCUAUCGCGAAACAAUGGGAAAAUCUCAGAAGAAGAAGGCCAUGCGACGACAUAAUCCUAUGCGUGUGCCAGAUUCUCACUUACCCAAGGGCCUUGCUGCUGCAUCAGAAUCAUCGAAAAAGUCCGAAAAUAUUCUCCCAAUCAUCCAGAAGAUGAGCAGCACUGACUCGGCAGAGAGGAAAUGGGCUUGUGUCGCGGUGUCGAACAUAAUUCAAAAUGACUCCUCUACCAGGCGGCUAUUACAGGGAAAGAACGUCGUUGGUGAAUUGAUUACACGAUUGACAGAUAGUGAAGAAGAAGUGGUAUUGGAAGCCAUGGGUGCCCUAAGAAACCUAUGUAUCGACGGAGGAUAUGAUAUCUGCGCAGAAAUGUACAACAAAAAUAUACUGGCCCCUGUGAAGACAUUCGUGUCCAAGAUAUCGCAGGUUCUUUCUCAAUAUCUGGAUAACCCAAAGGACGCGUCGGAGAAUGCGAAAAAACUCAUGUACGAGUUCGCCGAGAACGUGAUUACGGUGUUGUGGUGCCUCUCGGAAACUUCCAACAAGGCUUUAAACGCAAUAAACGAGAUCAACUUGAUUCCGUUCCUUAUGUCUUUUCUAGCCUCGCGGGAAAGGUUACCUAUCGUUCCUGUCAUGGCGGCUGCGCAAUGCCUUUAUGUCUUGACUGACGACAACGAUCUCGGAAUAUCAGCGCUAAAGUCGGAUGCAAACUACAUUGCGUGUUUAUUGUCUAUCACAAAAGAUAUGCCUACAAACCUCAACGGAAAGCAAAAAGAACCGAACGAUUACAGAACUACAACGUUACAAGUUCUUGCCUCAGGAAUUUUGCGUAAUAUCUCCCCGCUUCCUCCAGCUAUAACAGGCUCUAUUAUCGAUAUUGACAAGGAAAUCAUCUUACCCCUCCUUCAACCCGUCAUAUCGUCGGUGUCGCUCCCUGACAUUGCCGCCACCGUACAACAGCUCGUCGAUAGUAUAGCUUCAGAGCCGCCUUCGGUCGAGAAGUUAUCAAUAAAACAUGCACCAAAGUCCGACCACAAGUCGACGCAAGAGCUGGAACUCGAUCAAUUGGAAGGAAAGCUACGCUCUAUACAGUUGGCUCUGGAAAUCCUCACCGGAGUCUGUGCUACCCUUCCCGAUCCCUCUAUGGAUAUCCAUGAGGAUGGCAAGGACGAAAAUGAUGAUGACGAUAUGGAGGAGGAAGCCUCCAAAGACGACUCAGUCGAAGCAGAAAUGGACGUUGAGAUGAACGGUAAUCAGGAAAGUCUCACCAAUUCAGAACAGCCGUCUAUCCUCCCGCGCUUGGUCCCGUCCCUUCUCAACCUUAUAUACCCCACGUCGUUAUCCUUCCCUCCACUCGCAGCGCCAUCGCAUCAUCCGCCCACAACUUCAGCAUUGAGCGCUAUCCAUAUCAGCGCGAUGGAAUGUCUCAAUAACAUCUUCCUUUCUCUCGCAGCUUCGCAAACUUCCACAGUUAAAGCCAGCCAGGAAGAUGGUCAAAAAGUUUGGAAUGAUUUGUGGGUCGUUUUAGGGGCAGUAGACGUGGAAUCUGGUUUAGGGCAAGAGAAACGCCAGGAGUUGUGGGCAAUAGCUGUUGGUGUUUUGUGGGGGGUUGGUAUCGUGUACAAAGGCUCUUUGGUUACGACUGAGGAACAAAUCCGGAUUAUCAUGCAAAUGUGUUUAUCCACAUCGGACGAGAGGCUACAGGUCAAAUGUAUCGGUACUUUAGAGUGUCUGGCACAACAUCCCGAAUCCAUCAAUGUCAAUAAGAUUGUCACAGACUACUUGGUUUCUCUUUUACCAACCUCGACAGUACCCGCACCCAUUGGUGCUGAGCCGCUCAUACAGGCUGUAUCUGCAUUGAUUGACAUAUACUCGGAUGAGACUCUACCCUAUGACAUUAACUUCCGCCAGGGGGGUAUACUACAAAAGCUCAUCUCGAGUGUAGAUGGUGUUAGGAGGGUUAUACGAGGGAUCGAUAAACGGAAGGAGGGAAGUCGAGCUCUAAGACGAAGAGGUGAUGAAGUUCGCGAAAAUCUGGUCGCAUUCAUCCAGUAUAGACGGAGUCUGCGCUUGUAGUUGAGAGGAACUAGCGGGGGUGCCAUCUUGAUAGACAUUUAAUGUUGCGCUCACUAUGAACGAUGACAAUAGCCCU